AUGGAAAAUAAAAGUGAGGAAAUAAAUACAGUGUAUUCUGAUGUGAGCAGAGAUUCUGGUUGUUAUACCUUAAGUAUGAAUAAAGAAUCUGAACAAGAUAUUUGUGAUAAGAGACAUGAAGCCUACCAUUUGAAUUUCCGUAAUGAUGGCUUUUGGUAUGGAUAUGGUGCUCAAGAUUGUUCUUUUUAUCAUAAGUCCCAAAGGAGACAUGACAUCUGUAAUGAAUACCAUGGCACGGAAAUGAAUUGCACACACUUAUCUUAUGGGGCUAAGGCUAUGUCAGAGAGUAACUUGCCAUCCCUCGAGGAUAAACUUACAUUUUGCUCUAAAAAUACAUUAAUUCAAGGUUUCAAUUUUGCUUCUGUAUUACCCAAACAUGAUGAUAAAAGAAGUGACCAUUUAAAUGCGUUUAGGAAAGAACAGCCGAAUAGUGAUAGAUAUGAAGAUGAAAAAAAGGGUAAUGAGGACAUAAAUUUUGGUCAUUUCAGCAAAUCAGUUUCUCCAACAAAUAUUGAUUCAAGGAUAAGACCUAAAAGGCUUAAGAAAAAGAGAAAGAUAACACCACAUCGAGAAACGUCAAUGACUUCUUUGUUAGGAAUUCAAACUUCUUCAGGUUCUUUCCAUCACUCGAAGAAAAAGAGUUAUUAUUCGCAAUAUAAAAGGAAAAGUAAAACAAGUCGGACACGAAAGUUUUCCAAACAUCAAAAGUCAAAAACAAUACAUAAUGAAUUAUUUAGUACUUUCUUCGACUCUGGUUUAGGGUCAUCAAGAAGUACCAAAAGUAACUCUUUGAUAUAUAUGAUGAAACAGGAAUCAUACAAAUCAAAAAGCAAAUUUUCUUUUUCACGCAAAAGAUCACUUGAAAGAUUAAGAAUACAACAAAGCAUGAAAUCGAUAACAAAGUAUGAGAGAUAUAUGAAAAACUUUUUUAGAAAUAGAGGAAGAUUGCUUGCUAAAUCAGUUGCUAGACAUCUAAUCGGAAGACCCUCAAGUAAUGGAACUAUAGUAGUAUUAGAUAGAUAUUUUCAUAGAGUUAGUAAUGGCCCACCUUUAACAACACAAGAGCGAAUGCAGUAUGAAUGGCUAAGACUUUCAACUUUCCACAAUUACGAGGGUAAUGGAAAUGCCAUUGUUCUGCUAGGAAUGGAUUCUAUCAUGAUCAUACUGAAGCGACCAAACUUCCUACAAGGUGUUUCCUUUGUGAAGCUCUUGGGGUUGAUCCUGGAAAGAGAUGUUUCAAGAAGUACUUCAAGCCAGAUUCCCGGAAUUCGACCGUCUUCCAUUUUAGGGGGUCCUGUUGGUGCUGGGCUUUUGCUGGCUGGCUUCUUCUUUGUGGGUGUAGCAGAUUUCACACGUUGCUUCUGCUGUGGCGGAGGUUUAAGAAAUUGGGAACCAGGAGAUGACCCAGUAUUGGAGCAUACCAGAUGGUUUCCUCGUUGUGAAUAUAUUAACAAACUAAAGGGGGAAAGAUAUGUGGCUGCUGUACAGAGACGUCAUGAACAACAUAUGGCUGAACAGCAAAGACAGCAGACAGAGCUUGCACAAAGACGUGAUGAGAGCCGUAACGACCCUGAUCCAUUGACGAUAGAGGCUGCAAUACAACUACAAGACAUGGGUUACAGUGCAGAACGAACACGACAGGCUGUUAUAGCUGUACGACAGCAAACAGGACAGUCAAUUCCUACCACAGAACAAGUGUUGACCUGGUUACUGGACAAUGAAGAAAGAGAAAAUGGUAGUGGAAUGACUACAGAGUUUGGAGUGAGACCUCAACCUAGUGAGACAUCCGCUGUAGCAACUACUGUUGUGGGAACCAGUGUUCCUUCCUCAACUAUCAGUACUCCUUCAAGUAUUGUAGGAACCAGCAUACCUACUUCUGUUGUGAACACAGGAUUUGGUAUCCCAACUACCAUUGUGGGAACCAGCGUCCCCACUUCUAUUGUUGGUACCAGCAUUCCAUCCUCAAUUUUAAAUGCAGGAUCCAGUUUUGAGUCGUCCUCCACAUUUUAUACAGGGUUCAAUGCUCCAUCUACUCUAGUAGAAUCUGUAAGCAUCAUAGGUACACCCAAUGUACACACUAUUUCUAGCACAUCUUCUUCCACGUCACAAGUGGGUGCUGGUACUACAACAUCUACUGUGAGCUCAACUUCUACAUCUGCUACAGCCAAGGUCCAGCCAUCAGUUUCUUCAGCUUCAGCAGAAGGUGUAACAGAAGGAAGUUCUUCUGCGACUGGUUCUGAGAAUAAUUCAGGCUCUCAUGAAGCUAAAGGAUCAAACACAGAGAAGCAGUCUGCAGCAUCUGGUGACAGUGAUGAAUCCAAGCAAACAGCUAAAGAUCCAAGUAGCAAUGAACCUUCGAACAAAUCAAACAAGAAGAAGAAUGGUAAGAAAAAGGCUAAAAUGAAACCAAAGUCGGACACGGCUGGUGCUACAGGGGGAGAUGUAGAUGCACAGUCAUUAAAAGCAGAGAAUGAAAAGUUGAAAGAAAUGCAGACAUGUAAGAUAUGUAUGGAAAGGCCUGUUAAUACCACAUUAUUACCUUGCGGUCACCUUGUAUGCUGUGAAACCUGCGCAGGACGCUUACAAAGAUGUCCAAUAUGUAGAAAGAGGAUAAAAGGAACAGUGAAAACGUUCAUGUCUUAAGAAAUGAGAACCAAUCAUCUUAACAUCAUGAACCAACUGAUACAUG